ACAUCUUUUUGAUAAAUGUUAAAACCUUGUUUUAUUCCUCUUAGAGUAAAGAUAUUUGCAAAAAAAUUUGCCGUAAACAAUUGGAAAUUUGUAUUUUAAACAAUAUCUAAUGGAAAUUAAAUAACAAAAUGUUUAGCAAACAAUUAAGUAUAAUAAGCCUGAUUUUAAUGGUAGCCAUAUUAAAACCGGCUUCCGGCAAAUUGAAUGGCAAAACAAAUUCGGUCAUCAUUGAUGAUAUUACCGAGUAUAAAGAUUUCAAAAAACUGUUGCGCACUAAAACAAAUGUUUUAGUUUUAUAUACCAGCAAUACUAAACAAUCCGCCGAACAGUUAAGAGUGUUUAAAGAAACCGCCGAGGCUAUUAAAGGUAGUGGCACCAUGGUUCUAAUGGACUGUUCACAGGCGGAUAAAAAGAAAUUGUGUAAAAAACUAAAGGUAAAUCCGGCGCCAGUGAUUUUAAAACAUUACAAGGAUGGAGAUUUCCACAAAGAUUACGAUCGUCAAAUGUCUGCUAGUUCCAUGAUAAAUUUCAUGCGUGAUCCAGCGGGAGAUUUGCCCUGGGAAGAGGAUGCUAUGGGCAAAGAUGUGUUACAUUUCAAAGAUUAUGUUUCAUUUGUUAAGCAUUUGAAAAAGGAUCCCCGCCCUAUGUUAGUUAUGUUUUAUGUGCCCUGGUGUGGUUUUUGCAAACGUUUAAAACCUGACUAUUCCAAAGCGGCCACAGAACUAAAAAGUGAGGGUUAUAUAUUGGCGGCCAUGGAUGUGGAAAAACAGGCUAAUGCCAUGGCUAGAAGAACUUAUAAUAUAACGGGUUUUCCCACUAUUAUGUAUUUUGAAAAUGGUAAAAUGAAACAAAUCUAUGAGAGUGAUAGCAAUAAGGAGGCUAUUAUGGCUUUUAUGAGGGAUCCCACUUCUUUACCCAUUAAAAAACCCAAGGAGACUGACUGGUCAGCGGAUACUAAUUCUGAAAUUGUGCAUUUAACAAAACAAAAUUUUGAACCCGCCCUAAAGGAUGAGAAAUCAGUAUUGGUAAUGUUUUAUGCUCCCUGGUGUGGUCACUGUAAACGCUUGAAACCGGAAUAUGAAAAAGCAGCCUUGGAAAUGAAACAACAACACAUACCCGGCGUUCUAGCAGCUUUAGAUGCUACUAAAGAGCCAGCUUUAGCAGAACAAUUUUCGGUGGCUGGUUAUCCCACCUUGAAAUAUUUUGUAAAUGGUCAAUUUAAAUAUGAUGUCAACUUUAGAGAGGCCACAAAAAUUGUGGAUUUCAUGAAAGAACCCAAAGAACCACCACCACCUCCACCACCAGAGAAAUCCUGGGAAGAGGAAGAAGAUUCCGAGGUUUUAUUCCUUAAUGAAAACACCUUUAGCAGUACAUUAAAAAGGAAAAAACAUGCUUUAGUUAUGUUCUAUGCGCCCUGGUGUGGCCAUUGUAAAAGCACCAAACCCGAAUUUAAUGCUGCUGCCAAGGCCUUAAAAGAUGAUCCACGCAUGAUUUUGGCGGCAGUAGAUUGCACCCGUGACAAUAGUGUUUGUCUGCAACAGGAAGUGCGUGGUUAUCCCACCAUUAAGUAUUUUUCUUAUCUCAAAACUAAAUCCGAAUAUGUGGGAGGACGUAAACGUGAGGAUUUCAUUGCCUAUAUGAAAAAAGCAAAUGAAAUUGCACAAAAUGUUCAACAUGAAGAAUUGUGAUUGCCUGUUUUUUCGAACCACCCCCCCCACCCUUUAUUUUAUUGUAAAAUAAUAACAACAACAUUACUGUGAAUCUCUUAAAGACUAUUUUUCUUUUUUUUUUAAUAGCUAUAUUAUAUUUUUAUAACUAAUUUCGAAAUAUUACAUAUUUUUUGAUUAAUAUUUUGUAUGUAACUCUUACAAGUUGUAAACUCCUGAUAAAAAGUAUUGUUAAAAGUAUAACUGUAUUUUAUUUUUCUUCAAAAGUGUUGCGUUUUGAAAAACAUUCCUUAAUAAAAUUGAAAAAAGAAAAACUAAUUGUGAAUUAAAAAUAAAAUUUUAUAAAAUUAUUUUGAAAUCAA